GGUUGUUGACGGUAGAAGAAGGAGAGAUGGCGGCGCGCUGGAGCAGCGAGACUGUGGUGGUGGAGUUCCGAGAUGCUCAGGCUACCGCUAUGUCAGUGGACUGCCUGGGUUCUCACGCCGUGCUUUCCGGGCGGCGGUUCCUGUACAUGGUGAACCUGGAGGCUCCGUCCGAGCAGCCGAGGAAGAUCGGCCGUCAGAGUAAGUGGGACGUGGGGACGGUCCAGUGGAAGCCUCACCGGGACGAGGCUCACGUCUUCGCCGCCUCCAGUAACCAGCGCGUGGACCUGUACUCGUGGAGGGACGGCUGUGGAGAAAUUCACUCCUCCCUGCAGGGACACACCCGGGUCAUCAGUGAUCUGGACUGGUCCUGUUUUGAACCGGAGCUUCUGGUCACCAGCUCAGUGGACACGUACAUCUACAUCUGGGACACCAGAGACACGAGGAAACCCACGGUGGCGCUGUCUGCUGUCGCGGGGGCGUCUCAGGUGAAGUGGAACAAGAAGAACCAGAACCUGCUGGGGUCGAGUCAUGAUGGAGACGUUCGCAUCUGGGAUAAAAGAAAGCCGAGCACGGCGGUAGAGUACGUGGCAGCUCACCUCUCAAAGAUCCACGGCCUCGACUGGCAUCCCGAUAAUGAGUUCGUCUUCGCCACGUCGAGCCAGGACAACUCCGUCAGGUUCUGGGAUUACCGACAGCCCAGGAAGUACCUGAACAUCCUCUCCUGUCAAGUGCCUGUGUGGAAAGCCCGGUACACCCCCUUCUCUAACGGUCUGGUUACAGUGAUGGUUCCUCAGCUGAGGAGAGAGAACAGUUUGCUGCUCUGGUCGUCACUCGACCUCAACAGUCCGGUCCACGCCUUCGUGGGACACGACGACGUGGUGCUGGAGUUCCAGUGGAGGCCGCAGAAAGAAGGCUCAAAGGACUACCAGCUGGUGACCUGGUCCAGAGAUCAGACUCUGAGGAUCUGGAGGGUGGACCCUCAGCUGCAGAAGCUAUGUGUCAGUGACAUGGGGGAGGAGCUGAUGGAGGGGAUGUCUCUCACCGUGGAGUCGGAGAAGUCUCUGUCCUCUCGGGAGCCGGACGGUCAGUACAGCGUCGGCCUCGCUGCAGAAAACCUGACGGAUCAGGAUGGCGCUCUGAGCUCCGCGGGGGGUUCAGGCGUCCCUCAGACGUUACAGCAGGAAUUCUCUCUGGUCAAUCUGCAGAUCAGAAACGUCAACGUGGAGAUGGACGCGGUGAACCGCAGCUGCAUGGUGUCGGCUCACUGCGGCAGCCAUCAGGUCCACCUGGUGGUCAAGUUUCCCGCUCAGUAUCCCAACAACGCAGCCCCCAGCUUCCUGUUUGUGCCCCCCACCACCAUCCCCUCCGCCAUGAAGACCAAGAUCCAGAAGAUUCUGACGGACACGUCGCUGCAGAAAGUGAAGAGGAACCAGAACUGUCUGGAGCCGUGUGUCCGACAACUGGUGUCCUGCCUGGACUCAGACAUGACUCAGGAGGACGGUCCCUCCUCUGGACCCUUCGUCCUCUCUAACCCCGUCACUCCCGCCAUGCAGGCCUUCCCCCGGGUCACCAACACCUACGGGUCCUACCAGGACGCCAACAUCCCAUUCCCUCGGACCUCCGGCGCUCGGUUCUGCGGCACCGGCUGCCUGGUGUACUUCACCCGACCAAUCACCAUGCACCGCUCAGUCCCACCCACUGAGCCCACCCCCAGGUCUCUGUCAGCUCUGUCGGCCUAUCACAGCGGAGUGCUGACUCCGAUGAAGAUGCGUUCAGAGUCUCAGAGCACGCUGCGGCUCUACAGCGGCAGUCCGACGCGCUCCGACAAAGACACUGUGUCCAUCUCCUCCUUCUACUACAAAGAGCGGAAGCUCCCAAUCUCUGCCUCCCGCCGCUGGUCGGUCCAAACCCUCCGUGAUUGGCCGAAAUCCCGUCGCUUUAAGACAAAGAGAGAGGGGAUGGACUACGGUCACCGCCCCAUCAAGCUGGCGGGGAAAGUGAUCAUUCAGGAGAUCUCUUGCCUGCUGCCCGUCCACAAAGCCCUGGGAGAGAGCUACAUCCUGAACAUGAACGACAUCCAGGAAACGUGUCAGAAGAACGCAGCGGCGUCGCUGACUGUCGGACGCAGAGACGUGGCCAAGGUUUGGGCCCUGGCGUCUGCAGCCACCAGCAAGGACCUGAGUCCGGAUUCGGACCCGGACACUGAGACGCCAUGGGCCAGACACCCGUUCGGGCGCCACCUGCUGGAGACACUUCUGGAUCACUACAGCCACAUGAGUGACGUGCAGACUCUGGCCAUGCUGUGCAGUGUGUUCAGAGCUCAGACCCCCGCUGACGCCUACUCUCUGUACGGACAUCACCCCUCACGACCCACCGUCUUCCCCGCUCACCACUGUCGAUAUUCCAGCUAUACGUCCAGCUCCGUCACCUCUGGCUCCUGCUCCAGCACCUCGGACUCCAUCACUGCCGUCCCCUGGAGCACAGGUAGAGACUGUGAGCAGGUCAACCUGUGGGGCGAGUCCUCUCCAGACGAUCACCGCUCUGGCUCCCUUGGGCCGAGCGACCCCCGGGAACGAGAGCGCGAGCAGCACGACAUGAACAAGAGACUGCUGGACCCGACCAACACGCUGCAGUUCGACGACUUCAAGAAGUGUUACGGAGAAAUCCUUCACCGCUGGGGUCUGAGGGAGAAGAGAGCCGACGUCCUCAAGUUCGCCUCCUGCCCCCCCGAGCCCCACAAAGGCAUCGAGUUCGGUGUGUACUGCUGUCACUGCCGCAGUCAGGCUCGUGGGACUCAGUGCGCCGUCUGUAAACGCCUCACGUUCCAGUGCGCCGUCUGCCACGUCGCCGUUCGGGGAUCCUCCAACUUCUGCCUGAGCUGCGGACAUGGCGGACACACGAGUCACAUGAUGGACUGGUUCAGGCGGCAGGACGAGUGUCCGGCCGGCUGCGGCUGCCACUGCCUGCUGCAGAGCACCUUCUGACAGCACAGGGACGACCCGGGACGGAAACAAAUGCACCCCAUCCUGCAGGGAGGAACUUUCUGACAGCACAGGGAGGCCCCGGGACGGAAACAAACACACCUUCUGCUGAAUUGGAGUAUCUGAUGUCUUCUAAUUUAAGUUCAAAAUAAAAUCAUAAGAGUA